AUGCACCACCUACUCACCGAACACCAUACCCACAAAGCGGACGCCACCACAGAGCAUGCCACGUCCACAGAAACCAUCAUGAAACUCCUGGAUCUGUGCCUCAACACAACACACUUCAAGUUCAAUGGGAAAAUGUACAAGCAAGCACAAGGCACCCCAAAUGGGAUCCCCCAUAUCAGGCCUCGUUUGGAGGGUCCUCAGAGAGCCAACCUGGAUGGGGGGGACAGUUCCACCAGUAGUGAGAGGAAGGAUGAGGGAGAUGGUAAGGAACCCCUCUCAGAUGCCACCACCUCUUCCACGUCUGGAAAGACCACGACCGUCGGUAGCCACGGUGGGGCCUCCCCAGCUCCACCGGCGUAUAAGGAGAAGCAGGAGGCCUAUGGAGACCAUAAAUACGCCCACCUGAAGUCCUGGCCUGGCCUCCUGCGGCUGCUGGGGGGGCUGGAGCUCCUUUUGGGUGGGACGGUCUUCGCCUGCACGGCAGCCUACAUCCAGAAGGACUAUCAGUGGUCCCAGCUUUAUGGCAACGGCUUCCCCGGAAUGGACUACGGCUCCUUCGUCCCAAUGACCCCCUUUGUGCUGGUGGUGGUCAGCCUGGUGUGGCUGCUGACGGUCAUCCUGCUGGCCCUGGGGGUGACCACGCACUACAGGGUCAUCCUCCUCCGCUCCCACUGGUGGCCCCUGGCCGAGUUUGCCCUCAACCUGUCCAUGUUCCUGCUCUACCUGGCGGCCGCCAUCGCCUACGUCAACGACCUCAACCGGGGUGGGCUCUGCUACUCUGCCUUUGCCUACGGCCCCCUCCUCACGGCUCUGUGCCGGGUGGAAGGGGGUCAGGUGGCCGCCAUGACCUUCCUCUUCCUCACCCCCGUGCUGUACCUGACGGGCUCCCUCGUCUCCCUCAAGAUGUGGCGUCGCGAAGCAGCCCGGAGGAUGCUGCUCCCGCCGAAGCCGGUUCUCCUGCAAGGCGGUUCCCCUGAGCACCGGAGGAUCCCUCUGGGCACGGGGCGUCCAGCCGGCCGGGUCUCCAGGCGCGUCAUGUUCUCGGAGGAAGGAGGCCCAGAGGUGCUGAACGGGGCCAUCCCGGUGGGCCAUAACCCCGACCCGCUUAUCGUCCCCGAUUAUAUUGUGAGGUACCCGGCCAUUGGGAGUCCGACCGAGCGCGAGAAGUACAAGGCCAUCUUCAAGGACCAAUACCUGGAGUACCAGGCGCUCUUCCGCGAAAUCCAGGCCACGAGGCAGAGAUUUAAAGAGCUGGAGAUCCUGAUGUCCAGAUUGCCAGCCCAGCUGCAGAACAGAGAGGAGCAAGGCCGCCUCUCGGCUGUCUGGCGGACGUACAGAGGCAAGAAGAAGGACCCCUCCUUCCUGGAGAAGCAGGAGCGCUGUGACUAUCUCAAGAAGAAGCUCUCCCAUCUCAAGGCUCAGAUCCAGACCUUCGACUCCGAUCGGAGCGAGCCCUCCACGAUUCUUUGA